CAAUCACAAACGAGAACGUCACUUGCGUGGCUACGUAACUCCAAAGAACCGGAAAAAAACGGGAGUGUGAUGUGUCUUUGAUUAACAACAAAAAAAUGUCUGCUAUUUUCAACUUCCAGUCGUUGUUAACGGUGAUUCUCCUGCUGAUAUGUACGUGUGCCUACAUUAGAGCAAUGGCUCCAUCACUGUUGGAAAAGCAUAAGACUGGGCUUCUAGGUAUCUUCUGGAAAUGUGCCAGAAUAGGUGAACGGAAGAGUCCCUGGGUGGCUGCGUUCUGCAUCGGUAUGGCUUUUAGUAUACUCUUCAUGCAGUAGCCCAACCACAGAGUGUGAUAAUGGACUGAAUUCAUGAUGGACAACGAUAACAUGGACAGAAAAAAACUCCAAAGGCAUUAACUUCGAUAUCAUGCAUGGAGAAGGAAGAUCCAUCCACACGCCCUCCUCCUUGCCAUGGAAAAAUAAAAUGUGUUCGAGGAGAAGAGCUGUAUGAAGAACAAAAUGGGGGUGUCUACAUUUCUCCCGGGAUUGUGCAGUCUACCUGUGUCUAUUCUUAUGUGCACAAUGUGUAUAACAGCUGGAGUGUUGGGGCCAAUGUUUCCUCUGUUGUUUCUCUUUAAAAACGUCCCCUUUGGUCGUGCAUCCACUGUUCUGUUGGGGUACACCUCGUCCAUCAAUUUCAAAUGUUUGACUUUUCCAAAUAGAUGGACAUUAUUUCUUCAGAUAAAUUCUAACGGUUUAAUUGAGUAAAAGUAAAUGUUAAUGACAAUAUUGGAGAUAUAAAAAAUUGUAUCUACAUAACAUUGCUCGAUACUAUUAUUAUCAUUAUCCAAAUGUACCUGGCCCGCCAACGAUGUUGCUUUUUAAUUACGACAGCGCCAAUAUUAGGAAAGUAAUCUUUGCUUAAAAUGUGAUGCUGGCCAAUUGUUGCUUCAAAACCUAUAAUUUUUUUUCUUUUUAUUUCAUUAAGUUUUGCAAUAUUUAUUAAAGAAACUUUUGAAAUGCA